AUGGCAAGGAUUGAGGCACUGGUGGUCGGAAGAGUGAUCGGAGAUGUGCUUGAUAUGUUUGUACCGACUGCUGAAUUGGUAGUGCGUUAUGGGUCUAAACAAAUUGGAACUGGCUGUGAGAUUAAGCCUUCUUUAACUUCUGUCAAACCUACGGUUCGCAUCACCGGUUCUCGUGACCGGUCCGCUCUCUUUACUCUCAUAAUGGUUGAUCCAGAUGCACCAAGUCCAAGUGAACCAACUUUAAGAGAAUGGCUUCAUUGGAUGGUUGUUAAUAUUCCAGAAGGAGGUGAUGCAACUCAAGGGAAAGAGUUGGUCGGAUACAUGCGACCUCAACCACCAACGGGGAUCCAUCGGUACGUGUUUGCGGUAUUCGAGCAGGAAGGCGUGAUUGAAAGGCCCAAAGAUCUUCCCGGACCACGCCAAAAUUUCAGUACACGCCGUUUCGUGAGAGAAAACAAUCUCGGAGUUGCGGUUUCCGCAGUCUACUUCAAUGCUCAGAAAGAACUGGCUGGAAAUAAGAAGCGUUAG